AUGAAAUCUUCAAAGGAGAAGCUAAGCAACAUGGCCAGUGCCGCCAAGGAACACGUUGACAUCUGCGGAGCCAAAAUUGACGAGAAGACAGAGAAAGCAAGGGCACGAACAGAGGAGGAGAAAGUGAUAGCACAUGAGCGCGCAAAGGCGAGAGAAGCAAAGGCAAAAAUGGAGUUGCAUGAAGCCAAAGCCAGGCAUGCAGCCGAGAAGCUAAGCACCAAGCAGGCGCACCUGGACCCUUCCUCGUUUGGAGCACACCAUCAGCAGCCCCCAACAACAACGCACCAGCAGCCAUUAGGGUCUCUUGCAACGCCUGCUGGAGGAGUCACCAAUCCUUCAUAUCCAUUGGGAGGAAAUCAUCAUAUCAAUAAGCACAUUUAG